CCUUGGGAAGAUUAAACCAAGUUCUUACUUAAUUCCACCCUUUUAUUAGAAAGGAAAAUGCACAGAUCUUCUUCUCUACAUUUAAGAACUCUCACCUCCAGCUAGCUAGCUUCUCUGUUUCUCCCAAGAGCUCGAAUCCAUUGGUCUAAAAUGGGGAUGGAGAGAAAGCCAUCUUCAUCAAUGGCGGCUAACCUCCUCUUCACUGCUUCUCUAAUGGCGCUUUUAUCACCAGCAUGCCUGGCCCAGACUUCUGCUUCAUUUGACGACAACUUCAGCAAAAGCUGCCCAGACACGAACUUUAAAACCUCUGAAGAUGGGCAGAUCUGGUAUCUCUCUCUAGACAAAGAAGCAGGUUGUGGGUUUGCUACUAAGCAUAGAUACAGAUUUGGUUGGUUCAGCAUGAAGCUGAAAUUGGUGGGUGGUGACUCAGCUGGGGUUGUCACAGCUUUUUAUAUGUGUUCUGAAUAUGAUGAUAAAGGGCCAGGAUGGGGUAGCAGAGAUGAGCUGGAUUUCGAGUUCUUGGGGAACAGAACAGGGCAACCUUACCUUAUACAAACCAAUGUGUACAAGAAUGGCACCGGUGGGCGUGAGAUGCGCCAUGUUCUCUGGUUUGACCCAACCGAGGACUUCCAUACCUAUUCUAUUCGUUGGAACCCACAUAUGAUUGUGUUCUAUGUGGAUAGGGUUCCAAUAAGAGUAUACAAAAAUGCAAACUACACAAACAACUUCUUCCCCAUUGAGAAGCCAAUGUACCUGUUCUCAAGCAUAUGGAAUGCUGAUGACUGGGCAACAAGGGGCGGUAUGGAGAAGACAGACUGGAAAAAUGCACCAUUCGUCUCAACCUACAAGGACUACAAUGUGGAUGCUUGCCGGUGGGAGGAUCCCUACCCUGAAUGCGUCUCCACCACAACACAGAACUGGUGGGACCAGUACAAGUCAUGGCAUCUCUCCGCUGAUGAGCAGGUGGACUAUGCUUGGGUGCUCAGGAACCUUGUGAUCUAUGACUACUGUUCGGACACCACCCGAUAUCCGACUAAGCUUGAGGAGUGUUGGCUAAGUCCGUGGGACUGAUCAUACAGCAUUACAUACGCACAGUCACACCCAGUCCUCCUCGUGUCCAUUAAGCUUAAGCUUUACUAUGUUGGAGUAUAUGGCUUCUCAUCUUUUUUACACACGUUAUAUUGAAUAUCUAUUCAGUUUUGAUCGAGUGUAUAUUGGUGUAAUAUAUAUACUUUAUUUAUUAUUGUUUGGG